AUGGCGGACCCAGAGAACUCUAGCAGCGACCUUGCGACCGGUGUUGAGAAGCGUGACCACCCGACAAAAUGGUACCGGUCGACCUUCUACAACAUGACCAUUCUUGGUCUUUGUAAUUUUUCAGCGCCUGGAAUCUGGGGCGCGAUGAACUCUCUCGGAGCAGGAGGUGCGCAGUCACCUGGUUUGGUCAAUGCAGCUAAUGCGCUGACGUUCUGCCUGAUGGUGUUGAGCUGCUACUUCUCGAGUGUGAUUGUGAAAUACCUGGGUAUAAAGGGCGCGCUGAUAUUCGGGACCUUGGGAUACGCUCCUUACGCCGCUGGUCUGUACACGAACAAUCGCUUUGGCAAUACUUGGUUUGUUCUUCUCGGCGCAGCACUGUGUGGUAUCUCUGCUGGCGUAUUCUGGAUGGCUGAGGCUGCGAUUGCUAUUGCUUACCCUGAGCCGUGGAAUAAGGGCAAAGCUCUAGGGUACUGGCUCACGUAUCGCCUCAGUGGACAGAUCCUUGGUGGCGCCAUCAACCUUGGUAUAAACGCCGAUCGUAAUGAGGCCGGAAAGGUCUCCUACACCGUCUAUCUCGUGUUCAUUGCGCUGCAGGCGGCUGGACCAUUCGUUGCGUUGCUGCUAAACAGGCCGAGCAAAGUGCAAAGGAAGGACGGCAAGAAGGUGGAGCUUGCGAUCUUGAAAGAUCCGUGGUUCGAGAUCAAGGAGACAACGCGGGAGUUCUUCACCAAGAACUUCUUGCUUAUCGUGCUUUGGAUUGGUCAGGCUGUGUUUUCCGAAGCCGUCUUCUUCACCUAUCUUGCGUUAUGGUUCUCCGUCCGUGCCCGCGCCCUUGGCUCCUUUGUUUCUGGUCUCGUCGCCGUAACCUGUGGAAACCUUCUUGGCUGGUACCUUGAUAAUUCGCGCCUUUCUCUUCGCACACGCGCCCGCACCGCCUUCACGGUCAUCGUUGUGUUCCAGGGCGCCUGUUGGAUAUGGAUUACUGUUCUUGUAACCCGUUUCCGCCACACUCACCCUACCUACGACUGGGGCAGUCCAGGAUUCGGGAACGCCUUCGCUGUCUUCGUUCUUCUGACCGCUGCCUUUCAGAUCAACUACCUCUUCCUCUACUUCUUUGUGACGAACCUAGCGAAGGACGAGCCUCAGGUUAUUCGAUAUGCUGCAUUGUUGCGAGGAACAGAGAGUGCCUGGCAGGCGAUAAGCUACGGUAUCACAAGCGUGACGGUCUUCGCAGAGGUCGGGGCGGUGUACUGGAACUUUGCUCUGUGGGGCGUCGCUAUUUAUCCCGCAUGGCUAGUUUUAAGACAUUUCGGCGGCCCUAAAGAAAAGGUCGAAGAAAUUCCUGGGAGUGGGUAUCGCAGGAAGGUGGACUGA